AUGGCAUCCUCACUUCGCAGAGUUGCUAUUGUUGGAGCAUCGGGCCAUCUUGGCCCGUUUAUUCUAAAGGCUCUCGAAGGUAAUCAGAACUUGGACAUCACCGUCAUCACUCGAACGAGUUCCUCGGCCGUGUUCCCCGCUGACACUCGCGUCGUACGCGUCGCUGAUGGAUAUCAGGAUGACGAGAUGGUGGAGGCAUUCCGGGGUCACGACGCCGUGGUGCUGUCUCUUGGAUUCGCUGCUGAGCAUCGUCAUGCUGCACUUGCACGUGCGUCUAUCAAAGCUGGGGUCAAGCGGCUUGUGGCGUCUGGAUACGGCGUCGACCCCACGAACGAGGAGGCUUCAAAAGUUUUCCCUGUUGCUGCAACCAAGGCUGCCAUGAUUAAAGAUCUCAAAUCUCUGGAGACAUCGGGGUGGUCCUGGACGGUUAUUUCCUGUGGACUUUUCCUCGACUUCUGUAUCCAAGUCGGCUUCUUCGGUAUCGACCCGGUCAAGAAGACCGCCUCGAUUUGGGACGAUGGCAACGCAAGAUUUACUGCCACUACCCGGGAGGGUAUAGGAAAAUCCGUCGUCGGCGUAUUGCAGCACCCAGGCGAGACAGCCAACCGCUCAGUAUACAUCUCAUCUACAGAAUUAUCGAUGAACGAGCUACUAGCCGCCGAGAAAAAGGUUUCUGGAGAAGAUGGAUGGGAGGUCUCUCGCGUGAAUACGGAAGAAGAGAUUGCCAAGGCGCGGGAAACUCUUGCGACAGAAACGGAAUUCAUGCCAAAGAUGAUGGCUGCGGGAAGGUUAGGCCUGGCCGUGAACAUGAAGGAGUCCUUCGGGGCCAAUUUCAGGGCUCUGGGAUUACUUGAGAAUGACUUGUUGGGGGUGUCGCAGGAAAAUCUAGAAGAUGUUGUUCGAAGAGCGCGAGAGUGA